AUGACCACCGCACCUCACCAACCAUGCCCACGACAACAUCAGCACCAAGGACCGCGAGCGACCCCCGCCCGCAUCUUCAUCCGCCUCCGCGACCGCGUCCAACUCUUCCUCGAACGCUUCGUCGACGGAGACACCACGGCACAAGCCGGCUUCAGAACCUACAAGGCGCACCGGGACGCGCGAUGGCUCGCCAGAGAUCGGGGCCUUGCGUCCGCGGCGCUGGCCGCCGUGUCGAAUACCGAGGAUGAGCCGAGUCGCCGCAGUAGGAAGAGGAGUGCGGCUAUGCAGCAGGGUAAUCUGGAUGUUGCGGUUGGUGGUGGUGACGAUGUCGAUGAGGGGCUGGUUAUUCCCAAGACUAGGGAGCAAGGCAAGGAAAAGCAGAUGACGGGGAUUCUAGCCCACGAUUCUGGGAAACCUUCUACGUUGGAGACGACAUCAUCAGGCGGGAAAGAGAGACGCCAAACUAGGACCCCUUCCCAGCUGCACAGUCUCUCUAGAUCAAGUACGCUCUCAUCCAUCGUCUCCUCGACCUUCCUGGGAGGUAGUCAGAGACAGCAGAAGAGAAGAAGGAGGAAGAGAGACAGGUCGGACGCUAGGCCGGGCUACUUUGACCCGGACCCGUCACCUGCACUCACCAAACCACCCCGCGCGCUGGCGUCGGUGGUGAUGAGAGAUGACGAUGAUAGGUUGGAGAUGAAUGUGCCUGUUGAGUUGGCGAAGGGGUCUUGGGGUGUUCCUGUUGGGACUGCGAGGUGA